ACAUACGGGGUAAUAAUUUAUAUUGUGGUUUAAAACUGCAAAAAGGCAACUCCUUGAGAACCGGGGUCGUCUACCAUUUCGCCUGCUGCCACCGCCACCGACUUACUUUCACACAUAUUUGACAUGACAGAUAUUAACUUUUAUAUUUAGUCCUUGCCUAAUGGUGUUGAACUUGCUCACGUGCAGUUAUGCAUUAACACACUUAUAUCAUCACAUGCAUAAUUAAUUUUACGAAGUAUGUACCUUUGUACCUUCUACGACAUAAGAUGUUCAUUUCUUGUUUUGUUCACAACGUUUAAUUGCGAGGCGUUAGAAAUGAUGCAAGUUGUCAGGCCAUUUGUAAACAGGCAGACCGCAUUAAAACUUGCCAAAGAUAUAUUUCACAUAACUGUGAACGAAUCUAGGUCAAGCAGUGUAAAAGAACUUAACUCGCCUGAAGCCAGGUGUUUUUAUGUGCAAGGAAUCUUGCCUCACGCUCGAGAGCAAGAGUUCAUUCUCAAAGUUUGUAAGUUCCAAGAUUUUAGAGAAAGUGAGGCGAUUAUCGAUGAGCUGAAUGAUGUGAUGGUUACUGUCAAUAAUCAUGGCAUACUGUGCUCUGUACCACAGCAAACGGCGAAUGGCAAACUUUAUGAAAUGAAGAAACUGAAUACUACUCGUGAAGUCAUUCAUAACAACGAUAAAACUCACAACAACGAACUGCAGAAAUCGAAUCUCGACUGUGUUGUACGUCUAUUUUCGUAUAUACCGGGAGACAACAUGCGUGCUCUUAGCUGUAAUCUAGAUAUGUUUUAUCAUGUCGGGUGUUUUGCUGCAAAAAUCGACAAAGUGUUAAAGGAUUUUCAUUGUCCUGCACUUCAAACCAGAAGUAAUCGCUGGGACAUAAACAACUUAUCUAUGGCAACAAAAGUUAGCAAAAUUAUAACCAAACCUGAACACAAGAAAAUUCUACAUCAUAUUGAAGACAUUUUUACUUGCAUGGUGAAGCCACGACUAGAUACACUUCCCAAACAGUGUAUUCAUGCUGAUAUAAAUGAAACAAACUUAAUUUUCAAUGAUAAUGUUCACCAUAAUCACCCUACUGGAUUAAUUGACUUUGAUCUGGCUGCAUUUAACUGUCGUGUUUUUGAAAUUUCUGCAUCUGCAGCAUAUAUGAUGACAAUGUAUGUAGAUGACCCUUUGGAAGCUGGUGUUCAUGUUACUGCUGGAUAUCAAAUAAACAAUCCACUGACAGCCGAAGAAAUGGAACUGUUAUUUUAUCUUAUUCAAGCAAGAAUGUAUCAAAGUGUGUGUUUUGGCACACUUGCCAGUCAAAUCUUUCCCCAAAAUUCCAAGUAUUUGCUAUAUACUGUGCACAGAGCGUGGAAAGCAUUGGAAAAGAUAACAAAUACAAGUAAGUCAAAGUUUGAUGACAGAUUGCAUCAACUUUGUAGUACACAUUUGCAGCGUGGUGCAAAAACCAUUAAGACAAUAAGAAGAUGGUGAACACUGUUGCCUCUUCUUGUCAGAUGCGCUCACUAUUGAAAACUGAAUAUAUCUUUAUUCCAAAUCCAUUACAAGCUUUGUUAAAGGUUAGUCUUAGUGCAAAGAUAUACGUGUUCAAACACUUAAAUAAAGUUUAGUUUGUAUGUAGAAACUUUCUUUAUUUCAUUGGGAUUCCUUACUACCCAUUAAUGAUUGCAUUUAGACAUAUACCUUUACAAAGUUCGUUUAUAAAUUCUGAUUGUUAAAUUAGCUUUCAUAUGAUUGGUAAAUGAUAGCUUAGUUAUUAUUUACAAAUAUUUGUACCAAUCAAUGUUUUUACAAAAAUGCAUGGUGGUAAACGGGCAAAUGGCAGUUGGAUGAAGGUGGGAAGGUUUAUGGAAAAUGAAAUUUGAAUUGAAAUCCUUGUCCAAAAGGAAAUCCUCCGGGAAAUCCUCCAUUUUGCCAUCCUCCACCAUUUUGUUGUUCAGGAUCAAGUGGGUCUUCACCAUUAUCAAAUUUUGCCUUUUUCUCUGCACAUGAGACAAAUUAAUGAAUACAUAUUAACACAUCUUGCUUCAAACAUAUGUUGAAUAAAAAUUAACAAACCUGGGUCUGUAAGAACUUCUUUCGCAGCAGCAAUGUCAAUAAACAUCCGCUCGGCCUUCUUCUUAUCUUCACCUUCAUAAUGGUCAGGAUGCCACUUUACUGCAAGUUUUCUAUAUGCUUUCAUAAUUUCCCGCUUACUUGCAUUUCUAUUUUCAUUAAACAUACAACAUUUAAAUACCCUGCAUAAAUCCUUAAUUCAUAUUCUUCAUUCCCUAUCACUUAUUUCAAUAAUAUAAUACUCACCUUUUCACUUUUAGAAUCUUAUAGUAGUCUCUUUUCUUGGAUUGUUUGAGGAGCCUUUGAGCUUUUUCCAUCCCUUCGUUCACCUAAGUAAAAGUUUUUAAAUUGUGCUUCAUGGUACUUUUCCUCAUCAAAAAUAUAUCCAAAAUCCAAAUAGAUACAUGCUUCCAAACCUUAUGCAAAUCUCCAUUUAUAUUUUUCGCAGUUUGAUAAUCAUUCACAGCUGUUAUCAUAAACAAACAAUACAUGAGACUGCACUACAAAAACUUUCUCGAUUUAGUCAAUGUGUACUAAGGAUACUUGUCAAUACCUUCUUCAUACAUUUCAUUUAAAAUGUAACCUUCAGCUCUAUCACAAAGAGCAUCAACAUUGUUUUCAUCCAACUCUAUUGCUUCAGUACAAGAAUUUAAUGUUUCAGUGAUGUCGCCAUUCUAUGCAAAAAACGAAGGAAUUGUUUAGUUUAGAUACACUUCAAUAACAAUGAAUGUGUCUGUCCUACCAUUCUAUGACAGUGGCAUAUUUUUGAUUUUGCUUUCAAUAUAUAAAAGUCUAAAGCAGGUUCUGUUUUUAAUGCUGCUUUGAAUUUUUGAAUGGCAUCUGAAUACCUAUAAAACAGCAGCCAUCCAAAUGUUUGUAAGUAGAAACAAAUAAGAAAAAAAUGAGAUAUUAAUCAUGUAUUGGUACCAAAUAACUAUUCUGUCUAAAUGAGCACCAUAUUAGAACAUACCUACAUUAUAGGAUGCUUACCUUCCUUUGUUUAUUAAAUCAUCACCAUCAUUGAA